AAUCUGCGUUCCAAGAGGCCUGAAAAUUAAUAGUUCUGAGCAUCUCUACGAAGCUGCGUUUUGUGCUGCGAACGCAAAAAAUCAAAUUGUGUUGUUUUACGGAACCCUACAGUAUCAUAUACCAAAGCUGACAUUUUAAUCGCAGUUUCACUUUGAAAAGUUGAGACAUUAUUGGUAUUUACUGUGUAGCACAGUAAAAACAGCAUCGCAAUGGACACCAUUCUGGACAAUUUUUCGUCGGAGAAACUUUUCCCCAAUUCCAACCUGUUGGACCUGGAGGACUUGAAUGAAUCGGACUUCCUCACCAAUAUGCAUUUCUCCGAGCAGAUGGAUGACUUCUCCAACGAGCUCUUCAGCAGCUUCUUCGAUGACCACCUGCUGGCUGAGAGGAACCCCCUGCUGGAUAUGGAGCUGGACCCGCCGAACCCCGACAUCCAGGCGGAGCACAGCUAUUCCCUGAGCGAGGACUCUGCCCCUCAGAGCCCCGCCAUGCCGAUCCAGAUGGAUGCAGGGGCAGAAUCGGAGAGCUUGUGGGCCUUUGGUCAGGACCUGACAGCCAUUCUGGUGAAGCAAGAGCCUAGCAUGCUGGCAGAGCCACCGUCCUGCUCCAGCCUGGUGGAGAACAACAGCCACCCGCUGAACCUCAGUCUAUCCCCACGGAAGGAGGAAAGGGCUUCAAAGGAACUUAACCCAGCUAUCAAAGAAGAGCCCAGGGAGGUCAACCCAUCACUCAGCACGUCAUCAGAUGAGGGGCUGCUGCUCCCACCGACUCCACCCAGCAGCCACAGCAGCGACAGCGACGGCUCUCAGAGCCCCCACUCUCUACCGCCCCCCAGUCCGGCACGACUGCAGCCUCGCACCUCUGCUGCCAUCUCCACCUCCCCUCUCCUCACGGCGCCCCAUAAGUUGCAGGGAACCUCAGGGCCCCUGAUGCUGACCGAGGAGGAGAAGCGUACCCUCAUUGCUGAGGGAUACCCGGUGCCCAACAAGCUGCCCCUGACCAAGACUGAGGAGAAAGCCCUUAAGAGGGUACGAAGGAAGAUCAAAAACAAGAUCUCGGCCCAGGAGAGCCGCAGGAAGAAGAAGGAGUACGUGGAGUGUCUGGAGAAGAAGGUUGAAACGUACACCUCGGAAAACAACGAGCUGUGGAAAAAGGUGGAGACCCUGGAGAGCGCAAACAGAUCUCUGCUCCAGCAGCUGCAGAAGCUCCAGUCCCUGGUGGCCGGAAAGGUGCCGCGCUCCUGCAAGAUGGCCUCCACGCAGACUGGCACCUGUCUUAUGGUGGUGGCGCUGUGUUUCGUGUUGGUUCUCGGCUCCCUCAUCCCCGGGCUGCACGAGCUGUCUUCCGCCUCCCACACGGUGAGGUCCUCCCCCCUGCCCCCGGCGGACAUCUAUACGACCAGCCACGUUCGCUCCCGCAGCCUGCUCUUCUACGACGAGGGCUCUCCCGACGAGGACGCCUACGGCGGGUUCCUCAAAGUGGAGGAGGACGGCGACUGGGAGGGACCGUCUCGCACCCUCGGCGCCGAGCGGGCGGCUCCGGCGGCCCGCGGGCAGCACGAGACCACCAAGUACCUGGGCAAGGGCCACGCCGACCUGCUGGAGCUGAACAGGACGGAAGCGCACCUCCUCCACGAGAAGGAACAGUUCCACAAAAGAAAAGCCAACCCCAGCGGCAGCACGGAGUAUUUUUAGCCCAUCAGGCCGGAGCUGCCAAAAACGCGCAGCUUCCCAGUGACUCCUGACCCCAGCGGACGUGUCCAGCACCGCAGCGCCCCCUAGUGUGCAGCCCCCGCCCCCCAGGUUCCUCUGGCCCGCCACCCAGGCGUUCGCCCAGAAGAGGAGAGCAGAGGAGUGGGUGUGGGUGGAGUGAGCAUCCAAACCCAGACCCCCCACCCUCCACCCCUGGAGACAACUCCGGGAAAAAAAAAAAAAAAA